GCUGCGUCGCGCGCGGAAGGCGGAAGGCUUCACGCGGUGGGUCGAGCAGUCUACUGUGGGGACCAGGGCGCGCUGAGACCCAGGCGGCCUCUUCCCUUGGAGCACUGGCUGCGGACUCUUCUUCCCAAACCCCUUACGCGCGAGAGCAGCCAGCCAAUGUGGAACGAUGGCACUGAGCCACUCCGUGAAGGAGCGAACCAUCUCUGAGAACAGUCUGGUCAUCCUGUUGCAGGGCCUCCAGGGCCAGAUAACCACCGUGGACCUUCGAGAUGAGAGUUCGGCCCGAGGACGAAUUGACAACGUUGAUGCUUUCAUGAACAUCCGCCUGGCCAAUGUCACCUAUACCGACCGCUGGGGACAUCAAGUUGAGCUGGAUGACCUCUUUGUGACAGGUCGUAAUGUACGGUAUGUCCAUAUCCCAGAUGAUGUGAACAUCACUGCCACCAUCGAGCAGCAGCUGCAGAUCAUCCAUCGUGUGCGUAACUUUGGUGGCAAGGGUCAAGGUCGACGAGAGUUUCCCUCCAAAAGGCUGUGAGGCCGUGUCCUCAUUGAACUUCCAGCACCACCUCAGGGUCCUCCAGUGUUCUGAGCCAACUCCCUGCCGUCCUUCCCUACCAGUGACCUGGUAUCUGAGAGACACUUGUCACAGCUGCCUUUCAUAGGGUUCCACUUUGCAGACACAUUCUGGGACCCAGAAUUCCUUCUGUCUGUGGCCUUGGGGUAGGUGACAAUCCCUCUUUUUUGAUCAUUUGCAUCUGGAAUCUCCAUUUACGGACUGACCAGUGAGGAUUACUGUGUUUGGAGUGAAUCAGCUUUAACUCCCCACUUCUCUUGGCAUUUGUUUUUCUCAUAAAACCAAACUUGGAUACA